GUGCCGCGGAUCCGCGCAAAGCACGCGGCUCGCGGCCCGGGCGACGGUUAGGACGGUUAUCCGUGGGCCGAGCUUCCGAAGCCACGGGCUGGGCCUGGCGGCGCUUCCUUUCGCCGCGGGCGCUAGCCUUCGCCGGCGAGGCGCCCGAAGCUGCAAAAUCCGUUGCGCUGCCCAGCGCAGGCUGGAGAUCCGGGGGGAUGACUUCAUCCUGGACGACUCGCAACACCGGAUCCUGUCGGGCUCCGUGAGCUACUUCCGGGUGCUGCCGGAGCAGUGGCGGGAUCGCCUGGAGAAGCUGAAGGGCCUAGGCUGCAACAGCGCAGAGGUCUACGUGCCCUGGAACCUGCAUGAGCCGGAGGUCGGGGAGUUCGACUUCGAAGGCCGCCGAGAUCUGCCUGCAUUCCUGAGCCUUUGCCAGGAAAUGGAGCUGGACGUGCUCUUGCGGCCAGGGCCCUACAUCUGCGCUGAGUGGGACCUGGGGGGGCUGCCGUGGUGGCUGCUGCAGCGCCCGGACCCUGUGCCCUUGAGGUCCUCAGACCCGGAUUUCCUCAAGGCGGUGGAGCGGUGGUGGUGCGGUGAGCUUCUGCCGCGGGUGCAGCCCUUCCUGGCGGCCAACGGGGGGCCGGUGGUGGCCAUGCAGGUGGAGAACGAAUAUGGGUACUGGGGCACGGACCGGACCUACUUGGAGAAGCUCAGGGCGAUGCUGAACAACUUCUUCGGGGACCAGUGCCCUUUGCUGUUCACCAGCGACGGCACCUUCUGGCCAGACCUGCAGGCCAACGGGGGCGUGGAGGGCGCGCUGCGCACCGCCAACUUCGGCUCGGAGCCCUCGCAGCGCUUCGCGGAGCUCCGGGACGCGCAGCCCAGCGGCCCGCUGUGCGUCAUGGAGUUCUGGGUCGGCUGGUUCGACUUCUGGGGCGCCUUCACGGGCAAGAGCUACCGUGACGCAGAGGACGUGGCCCAGACGCUGCAGGGCACCUUGGACCAGGGGGGCUCGGUGAAUUUCUUCGUCUUCCACGGCGGCACCUCCUUCGGCUUCUGCGGGCCCGGGGGGAACUUGUCGGCGGUGGGCACCUACGAGCCACAGGUCACCUCUUACGACUAUGGGGGCCUAUUGGACGAGGCCGGCGAGAUCACUGAGAAGUACAUCGAGUGCCGCAAGGUGAUGGCCCGGUUCCUGAAGCGACCGGAGCUCUUGGAGCAGAAGUUCCCCCCUGCGAGGCGCCUCCCAGAGUCGCCUCCCUUGGAGUUGGAAGCGACGCUGUCGCUGGAGGAAGCGCUGCCGGCCAUCGCGCCCCAGCGUCGGGUGCUGUCCGCGGUGCCCCUGGCGGCGGAGCAGGUGGGCCUGGGCUAUGGCUACGUGAUGUACCGCACCUCAGUGCCGGCCACCCGGCUGCCGCUGAGCAUCGGCCGGGAUGCGGUCAGGGACUUCGCCAGCGUCAUGGCCCAAGGCCAGGUGCUGGGCACCAUCUACCGGAACGACACGCAGCUGGGGGCCCGGGAGUUCCAGCUGCCCCAGGAGGGCUGCGAGCUGGAGGUCCUCGUAGAGCAGAUGGGCCGCGUGAACUUCGGGCCCCAGCUCUGCUCGGAGAGGAAGGGCCUGGUGGGCCCGAGCAGCGUGGCGCUGGGCUCGCCCUUCACCGGGCCGGCCCGCGCCGUGCUGGGAUGGGAGAUCAUCCCGCUGCCCAUGAACAAGGACCAGCUGUCCAAACUCCCUUGGGAGAAGUGCGAAGGCGUCUCGGCGCUGCGGAGCUCCUGGACCCGAGGGCCCCGCUUCUUCCGCUACUCCCUCCUCGUGCAGACGCCGGCCGAUGGCUUCCUGUCGCUCGAGGGCUUUAGGAAGGGCUUCGCCUGCGUGAAUGGCUUCAACCUGGGCCGCUUCUGGGAGGUGGGCCCGCAGCAGACGUUGUUUGUCCCCGCGCCUUUGCUUCGCCGGGGCAAGAACGAGGUCCUCAUCUUCGACAUCGACAACCCCAGCUGCGAUGCGGCGCCGCCGGCGCCCAGGAUCGUGUCUGAGGCGAUUUGGUCCUCCGGCGUGAUCCCGGAACAGGCGAAGGAAGCAGCCAAGACUGUCUCCAAGAUCUUCAAAUCCUGGACAUCCUGA